UAUGACACACGACAUGGCGGCUGAAAACGCGUGUCUCGAACUUGCACGUUUCUGAAAUAAAUAGUUGGACAGAGACGGUUCUGGACGCGUUUGUGGACACGAUGUCCAAAUCGUUCCUACCGGCUCUUCAACAAGCGCUGCGGAGAAGCUUCCAGAGUCUUGAGAGCAGCCAGAAACAGUGGGCGAGCGUUGCGGCGGAGUGCGCCCCGCUGCUCGUCUCUCUCGGGAACUUGGCCGAGCAGUCGCGCGCUCUGUCCGCCGUCCAGCUCUCCAGCACCCCGCUCAAAGUGUUCCCGGACCUGGAGGAUCGGCUGAAGUUCAAACUGAUCCAAGCUGCUGAUGUGCUGCUCAGCAAACUUCACGAGAAAAUGACGUCGCUCCAGUCGGUCAGAGACUCGGUCAGUAACCAGGUCUCAGCAGUCGUCCAGUUGUACCAGCAGAACUUGGAUCACCUGGAUCUCCAGGCGGCGACUGAGCGCUCCGCCAUCGUCCCGUCCGUGGCGGACAUGAUGGCGUGGCUGCAGGACGCAGAGCGUCACUAUCGACAGCAAUUCCUGAGGAGGAAAGCUCUGUUGCAGACUCUCAAAGCUGAGGAGCUUUCACAGCUGGAGUCGAUCUCCAAGAGAUGGAACUCGUUGGAGAAUCCCUCCGCUGAGCGCCACGUGUCGGAUAUGCUUUGCAAAGUUUCUUUCUUUCUGGAGUCAGGAUGAUAAAAUGGAUUCAACUCAUUAAGAAAAAAGUAAAGCGUUUUUUUUUUUUUUAAAGAUAUUUAUAUGUAUUUUUUCAGUAUUUUGUCAC